AUGACUGGUAAUCAGACUACCACGGAAAAACCAAAACUGGUGAAAAUCGUACCUGAGUCUGUAAUUUCGCCGAAACGAGAUAAUCCUAACUUUAUAAGGGAUCGAUAUCGGAACAUUAUCAAGAAGCCAGAAAUGCCCCCGACCUGGAAGAACCGCUUCAGGCAGAAGUAUGACCCGGCCUGGAUGGACUACUGUGACCCCUACCAUUGCAAUGAUUAUCACAAAAUUGCCUGUGGCCUGAACCGCAGGAACAUGAAGUUCAAAUGGUUUCAGAGCGUCUGUCAUCUUAUUCUGAACAAUCAGUGCUCGGAUUUUCGUGGAUUUUUGAAGUACGACCUGAUAGCUGAUAGAUUCUGUCGCGCAUACGUCAUGUUCCUGCGCGCCGGCUGUCCCCUCGCCAGCGAGUGUGAUGAUGAACUGGAUCCUGUGUGUGCUAUGAGCUCCAAGCGCGGCCAUAUUGUGCUGUUCAAGAACCAGUGUUAUAUGGACGCUGUUAACUGUCAAAAUGAGACGUUGACAGAAUACGAACCUGUUUUCAUGGAUUAUUGCAAACAGCCAUUGCUGGAUUCUAUCAAAACGAAGAUUAUAGAAUCUUGAAUAAAUAAAAUUCACACUGAUAA